AGUUAGUUGAGGUUUGUACUCAGAGUUGCUUUCUGAUCUCUUCGCAAAUGUGGAGAGAAGAAAUUUUUUAGGUAUCAAACAGCUGAUUUUGGGUAUCUCUCUCCUCCUUAACUCUCUCUUCUCUAUUUCUACUAUAACAAACACACGUACGCAAUUACUGUUUUCUUGGUAGUUGUAAGGAUCAAAAUAUUUUCACAGAACAACCAUCAAAAUGACGGAACCUUAGCCCCAAAUCUAACCCCUAGUCCCCCAAUCGAUUUCACCUUUGCUAUCCCACUCUCUUUCCGACGGAGGCGCAACUUCUCCGGCGUUUCUCUGUGCGCGACCACAUCUCCGACGCAACCCUCUGUGCGUGACCACGUAUCCGGCGCGACCCUUCUCUGUGCUUAACCCUUCUCCGGCGCGACUCCGUCUCCGGCGUGUAGCACAUAUGAGCAUCACUCGACAGCGAACCGUUGGUGGCGGAAGUCAUCAUGUAUUGGACUAUCUGAAGCGCAUGCAAGCAGAGAAUCCUGCUUUCUUUUAUGCAGUCCAGGGUGACAUUGAUCACGUGGGUGGGAAUAUAUUUUGGGCUGAUGCAACUUCUAGGAUGAACUACUCUUAUUUUGGGGAUGCUGUUAUAUUGGACACAACCUAUAAGAUUAACCAGUAUCGGGUACCAUUUGCCUCUUUCACUGGCUUUAAUCAUCAUGGGCAACCUGUUUUAUUUGGUUGUGCAUUGAUUUUCAAUGAAUCUGAGUCCUCAUAUAUAUGGCUGCUUAGAACUUGGCUUCAUACUAUGUCUGGACGCCACCCUGUCUCCAUUACAACAGACUUCGAUCCAAUCAUUCAAGUUGCCGUUGCCCAAGUUCUUCCUCCAACUCGCCAUCGGUUCUCUAAAUGGAGCAUAUUCAAAGAAAACCGAGGAAAAUUGGCUCAUUUAUGCCAAUCACAUCCUACUUUCGAAACUGAAUUCAGGAAAUGUGUUCACGAGAGUGAGACUAUUGAUGAAUUUGAGUCUUGUUGGCACUCACUAUUGGAAAGAUACUAUGUCAUGGAUAAUGAAUGGCUUCAGUCAAUGUACAAUGCGCGGCAACAUUGGGUCCCUGUCUACUUGCGGGACAGUUUUUUUGGAGAGAUGUCUUUAAAUGAUGGAAAUGAAUGUUUAAACUUUUUCUUUGAUGGAUAUGUGAACGCAUCCACCACUUUACAGUUGUUGGUUAGACAAUAUGAGAACGCCGUAUCAACUUGGCAUGAAAGAGAACUAAAAGCAGAUUACGAAACUACCAAUAGUAGCCCAGUUUUAAAAACACCAUCUCCUAUGGAAAAGCAAGCUGCGAGUCUUUACACAAGAAAGAUAUUCAUGAAAUUCCAAGAGGAGUUAGUAGAGACUCUUGCAAAUCCUGCUACAAAAGUUGAUGAUUCAGGAACUUUAACCACUUAUCGAGUUGCCAAAUUUGGGGAAAACCAAACAUCUCAAAUUGUCACUUUUAAUUCUUUUGAGAUGAAAGCUAGUUGCAGCUGCCAGCUGUUUGAAUAUUCAGGAAUCAUUUGCAGGCAUAUAUUAGCAGUUUUCAGAGCUAAAAAUGUGCUUACACUUCCAUCUCAUUAUGUGUUGAAACGCUGGACAAGGAAUGCAAAAACUGGUGUGCUGUUAGAUGAACACUCGUCUGAAUUGCCUAGUAGUUCUCGUGAGUCUACAACAAUGCGUUACAACAAUUUGCGUCAAGAAGCAACCAAAUAUGUGGAAGAAGGUUCAAAAUCAAUCCAAACAUAUCAUGUUGCAAUGAAAGCUUUGCAAGAAGCUACCAAGAAGGUUUCUACCCUAAAAAAUAAGAGUACUGGAACGGCAGAGGGGCCAUCAAUAGCCAAUGGAGGCAGGAGUGAGUUGCUUACAGGAGAUGAAGAUGUACCAAGCUACCAAUCUGUGGGCUCUUCUAAGGUUCUAUUGAGAGGAACUCUUGAGCGUGAUGGACUCUACAAAUUUCAUAGCAUUCCUCUUCCCAAGGCUAUUACUCAUUCCCCUCAAGUCCUCACUGCCAUGCAUAAUGUCUCUAUGUCAAACUCUAGCUUACAUUCUGAUUUGAAUUUCAGUAAUAUGCCAUGUAUUAAUGAUGCUGCUACUGCAUCGCAUUUUCAGCCAUCUUAUUCUUUGUAUCACCUAUGGCAUCGUAGGUUAGGUCACCCUCAUCACGAGGUUCUCGAGAAUUUUCUUCAUCUAUGUAAUGUGCACAUUUCUAAUAAUAACUCGACAAAUUUCUGUUCUGCCUGUUGUCUGAGUAAAUCUCACAGAUUACCGUCUACUGCAUCCACUACAAUUUACAAUAAUCCGCUUGAAUUAAUUUUCUGUGAUUUGCGGGGUCCUGCCCCGGUUGAAUCCUCUCGUGGCUAUUCUUAUUUCCUAACUAUUGUAGAUGCUUACACUUGUUAUACUUGGAUUUACUCGCUCAAACUAAAGUCUCAAACUCUUACCACAUUUUUUCAAUUUAAAUCUAUGGUUGAACUUCAACUAAAUCAAAAACUUAAAUAUGUUCAAACUGAUGGUUGGGGGUUGAGUUUCGUCCCCUUACAAUUUUUUUAACUAACCAUGGCAUCA